UCCUAGCUACUUAUCCACCAAUCCAUCUCGCCAAACAAGCUUCAACCAAUCAAACAUCAUAAUGAAUAUCUAGGGCUACUAGUUGCAUAUACAGAGGCCCUCCACAUUUACGUCUAUAUCGUCCUGAUAAUCCAAACGUUCAUCCUCUGCCGAGACUCUAGAGUAUGCAUCGACAACACGGUGAGUCAAAGGAUUCAAUGCAGGAUAGGAUGGCAGAGUAUAUUGGCCAUGUAUUGCUAUCUCUAACGAAUGGGAGAGGUUUCGUGUCGUGUUGAUCUGCAGGCUGACUGCUGCGGCGAGUGCUGCCUAUGCCACCACCAGUUGUACUCCACAAAUGUGAUCAAAAUUUCACAAAGUUUCUAUAUCCUCGUUUUUCGAGUCGUCUACAUUGGAAUAUUUAUAUACCUGUUUCUAGUACUCAUUUGUUCCAAAUCUUCAUAUCUUUCCUAUCCUUUCUUCCCUCCUUCAUCCUCUUCUUCCUCUUACCAAACUCAUACCACUUCUUCUUCCAUUAUCAUAUCCUCAAUCAUGCAUGCCAAUGAGACCCCAAGUAAGGACGGCGAACAAUAUGUCGUCGUCAAAGCCGGAAAAGAUGUCACCACUCCCACACAAGCAUCAAGUGAUGCCGGCAAGGAUGAAGAUAUCAAAUGUCCAGAGAUUCUAUACAAAGUCCAAUAUAAGGAUAUAGGUGGUGAAAUAAAAGGAACAAAAGAAUUGGCAGCACCAUACAAAUUGAAGAAGACGACGUAAGUUGAUCACCAUCACUCUUUCCCUAACCAAAUACUAACAUCUUCAAGAUAUCGCGAUUCAGAGAUACCUAUUCUAGAAGUCCUAUAUAGUGUCACUAUUUGGUUCCCUACCAUCUAUGGCAAGAAGAAGGGAAAGAAGGAGAAGGAUGAUGAAAAUGUGAUUUCGUCAGAGAUGAAAGAUGAGAAUGACUUUGAUGAAAGAUCUAUGGAAGAGAAAGAACUCAUCAUUCAUUCUCCACAUAUCAUGAAGGCCCUGAGAUCUCUGGUCGAAUAUUACCCAGGACAAUCUUUACUCGGAGACACCAUCUCGAUCAAGGAACCUUAUGGCAUCCUUGUUCACUACCGAAAGGAACUUCAAGAAUACAAAGAGAAUUGUGAUGAUGCUGAAGCUGCUCACCAUAUCAGUGUCCUUCAAAAGUAUCUCGAGGAUAACUUUGAGGAGAAGUUAAAGUUGGAGGAUGACAGACAUGCGAGAGCAAACCCAGUCGUAACAUUCGAGAUGUUAUGGAUGCUCUUCAAGCCCGGAAUGGAUGUUUACGCGCAAUUUGACGAACAACGCGCUGGUUUCGUUCUCCAAGGUUGUGAAAACUCAAGCGAGAAUAACAGACCAGGUCAACCAUCUCCUCUCAAGGUCAAAAUGUGGUAUCUUGAUUUCGAUGGCCGAUUUGUUGGACGUCGAUCUCACGAAGUGACCAUUGCACCUUUUGAAGGCGAGCGCGAGAUUACAUCAUUGAAAGUUGUUCCUGCGCAUUAUGUUGACAGCAAUCCCAUUCUCUCUCCACGAACACAACUUGAAGAUCGCGGUGAGAAAUUCUACAGCAUGUUAAUGGGCAAACAAAUGGAUUACAGAGGAUUCAGUAUGCCCGUUGAGCAAAAGCCGAAACGUUUCCACGAAGGUCGUGUGGUGGUUGAUCAGAGUGCGUUUUACACGUACGCCGACUGGCAGGAAACACAGAAACAUCCAGCUCCAGUUCUCGGCAUCGAUGAUGAUGAUUCGGGUAUUUUGGCAGACUUGCACUAUAAUUGCAGUUGUUCAGAUUGUACUUCCAAGCGUCUCGCUGCAUCUUCCAAUACUCGCUGGGGUAGAUAUGAAAAUAUUGAACCUCGGGAAACUCCUUCCCUUGCCGAAACCGACGCAAAUGGAAAUAUUUCUCGUCACAAGUACUUCCUCUGUCCUCGUCGUAUAAUGGGUUUCGAUCUCAAGUCUAAAAAAUGGCAAGCUCUUGAUGUCGAUUGCUGUCAACCACCAAAAUUCUACACUUCAGCUAUCGAGAAUCUAGUCCUACCAAACGAAAAACAGGAAAUGAUCAAAGCACUCGUACAUAAAUACACAUCAUCCAAAAAAGCCGGCAAGAGCGAGAUGACCUGGUCCGCGGAUCCUAUCCCCAACAAAGGCGAAGGACAAAUCUUCCUUCUGCACGGUCCUCCCGGCGCAGGAAAAACCUACACAGCAGAAUGCGUCGCGGAAUUCACAUCACGGCCCCUCCUAUCCCUCACAUGCGGCGACAUCGGCACCGACGAAUUCCGCGUCGAAGAAUCCCUCAGCAAAUGGUUCAAACUCGCCGAGAUCUGGGGCGCUGUAAUGUUAAUCGACGAAGCGGAUGUCUAUCUCGAGCGACGCGAAGUCUCAGAACUAAUACGAAAUGGUCUCGUGUCUGUAUUUCUCCGCGCGAUGGAGUAUUACUGCGGGAUAUUAUUCCUGACGACGAAUCGAGUAGGUCAUUUUGAUCCGGCUUUCUUCAGUCGUAUUCAUGUUUAUAUUGGAUAUCGACCUCUUGAUAGUGAAGGUAGGAAAAGAAUCUGGUUGCAGUUUUUUCAGAAAUUGGAAAAGGAACGCGCGGAUGAAAUUACUAUUAAGAGUGCAGCGAAACGGUAUAUUCUUUCAGAUGAUGUGUUGAAGGAUAUUGAGUGGAAUGGAAGAGAGAUUCGGAAUGCGUUUCAGACGGCUGUUGCGUUGGCGGAGUAUGAGGCGGAGAUUAAGAGGGAGAAGGACGGGAAGGAUGGGAAGGAUGGGAAAUUGGAGGUGGAGUUGAGACAGGAUCAUUUUGAGAAGGUGGUUGAGAUGAGUGAUAAUUUUAAGAGGUAUUUGGCUACGGUUGGGAGUGAGGAGGUUGCGGGUCAGAGUGAGAUGUUGAAGGCGAAGAUUAACGGGGAUAGAGGGGAUGAUGCACUUUUGUAGGGGUGAGUAGGAGAUUUUUGAGGGAGGUUUGGGUUGGGGAUUUCGACUGGAUGGAUGGAUGAAUAAAUGGGUAUUGAUUCGACUUUGGUUGGUUGGUUAGUUAGGAUAAGAAUUGAUUGAUUGAUAAAUUCAUUAUUGAGUAUUUCACAGCUACUUGGUAUCGAUAAUCUAAUCUGUUAGCUUCUAUUGGAACUCUAAAUUCACUUGAGAAUAUUUAGAUAGAUAUAUUAAACUUUUGUUUAUUUUGUAUCUAUUAUUCAUUCAACUCUGCAAU